AUUUUCUCGACGGGAUGAUCCUGGUCAUCAGCUGCCCAAACCUCCCGUAUUUGAUACGGACGCGUCGCGCUUCGUUCUUUUCGGUUGACGCGGGUGAGCCUCCGACACCAGACCGUACCACUACGCAUGCAGGGGCCGCAGCCGGAACGAGUCUUCCCACCCCAUGCAUUCUUUCUGGUCAGAGGAGGUCGGAAGUCAAUCCCCCAUUGAAACUGUCGUUGAUGUCAGAGAAGCUUGAAAAGUCAUGUCGCAUCAGUCGUCGCUCGUCGGUCGACCAACCUUCAUCCCAAGCCCUGCGACAGAGCCCAUAUCACCGCCAAAUCACCUUCACCUUUGCAUAUCGCGUCAUUCACCGCCAAAUCCUAUUGUAGAGCCCAUUUCACAACAUGCAGCAACAUCAGGCUCACAACAUCGGUGAGAAGCGACUCCCCACGUCGGUGUCCACCGAUGCAGAGCCAGCCUCUGCUUCAUCCCAGACGUGUCUUCAUCCCAUCCCACCAAAGCCCGCGCCAGGAACGCUCAUAUUCACCAAGUUCAUGCCGGGACUCAAUGAGACCUUUACGAUCAGAGUCGCUGAUCCGUCGACCGACAUCCCCAUGUUGACUAGGUGGCACUCCGAUCCUCGCGUGAGCGAAUUUUGGAAAGAAGGAGGGGAUGAAAACCAUCAUCGCCAGUACCUGAACAAGGUCCUAUCCUCCAAGCACAGCAUUCCCUGCAUCGCCGCGUUCGAUGGCGUACCAUUCAUGUACCUCGAAGUGUACUGGGCGGCCUAUGAUCUGUUUGGUAGAUACUAUCCCGCCGAGCCGUACGAUCGAGGGGUCCAUCUUCUCGUGGGCGAAACAAAGUAUCGAGGUGUGGACCGCGUGCAGGCUUGGAUCGAGGCCAUACCUGAGUUUAUCUUCUCCGACUGUUGCGAAACGCAGCGCCUAGUUAUGGAGCCCUCCUUGACGCAUGGCAAGCUCAUCGGUCUGCUCUGCACCGCAGGCGUUUCCUUUGUUCGCGCUGUGAGACUUCCACACAAAACUGCGGCCUUUUUGAUGCUUAGAAGGACAGAUCCUCUUUUUAUAAGAGGUAAAGUUCGAGCAAAGGGAAAGGGCGGGAUAGCCGUAUCAAGCAAAUUGUAG